AAGUGAUCGGUCAUAUGGUAUAUUGUAGAUGUAUCAGCGAGAGUGUUUAACCAAGGUUGGGGAUAUCAAGAUGAAUAUUGUGGCGAUACUUUUGCUAGCAGUUGGAGCUGCUCAUGCCCAUAGUCCAAAACGAUGUGCUGGAGUGAACGAAACAUAUCUCGAAUACAAAUCAUGCCUUUCGACAUGUGAUGACCUAGAAGACGACAGCUGCGAUGGACAAACUUCAUAUGGCCCUGGUUGUUACUGCUCGGAAGGUUUCCUCAGAAAAGACGAAUAUUGCAUUCCUAAAGAUAGGUGUAAUGCUCUUGGCGGACGGUACGUCAAAUGUCCAGAAAAUGAGAUUUUCCUCAAGUAUCGCUCUUGUAGAGAAAACUGUGAUCAGAAUUCUAAGAACUGCAGGAAAACGCUGGACUACAGACCAGGAUGUUACUGUGCUCCAGGAUAUCGUAGGAAGAACGGACUUUGUAUUCGAAAGGAAAAAUGUUUGGACCAACGUCCUGAAGAUAGCGAAGAGCAAUGUGGUGAAAAUGAAGUUUACUUGACUUUCAAACCUUGUCUGAUAACCUGUGGGGAUUUAGUAAGGUACAAAGCCUGUAAUGAGAUGCAAUAUGCACCUGGAUGUUACUGCAAACAAGGAUAUUUGAGGAAAGAAGGAAGAUGUGUUCCUAAUCAAGAGUGCUUGGAAUCCAAAAAGGAACUCUUGAGUAUGUGUGGACCGAACGAGGAAUAUUUGAAGUAUGUUCCAUGUUUGCAAUCCUGUUCAGAGUUAGAACGCGGCACUUGCAAUGAAGAAGCAAGGAGAUAUGCGCCUGGAUGUUACUGUGCAGAGGGUUAUGUGAGGAGAAAUGGAGAAUGCAUAUCUGAGGAAGAAUGUUCUUCAGUUAAAUCUCUACUUCCAGGAAAAUGUGGGACGAAUGAGCAGUAUCUGGAAUAUGAGCCUUGUCCAAAAACAUGUGGUGAUCUCGCAUCUCCAGAAUGCGAGAAAAAAAUUAAGAAACAUGCUCCUGGAUGUUAUUGCAAAGAAGGUUAUUUGAGAAGAAAUGGUGUUUGCAUCCCUAGACGCCAUUGUUGGCAUUCUUCGGGAGAAGAUUCGAAACUCUGUGGAGUCAACGAAGUCUUCUUGUCGUACAAAUUUCACAAUGAAAAUUGUGAUGAGCAAGGGAAACAAAAGCAUGAUAAAAUACAAAAAUAUGCUCCAGGAUAUCCAGGAUAUCUAAGAAAAGGCGGAAUGUGCAUUCCAAAAGAAGCAUGCUCGAAACAAAUACAUCUUCAAAACGGAUGUGAUGUAAAUGAAGAAUAUCACGAAUAUGAACCCUGUCAGCAAACAUGUAACGACUUGGAUUCAAAAAAUUGUGAUAAAGGUGAAAGAAAAUAUUCACCAGGAUGCUACUGCAGAGAAGGAUACUUGAUGCAGAAUGGUGUUUGCAUACCAAAACAAGAUUGUUAUAACAACGCUAAGGAUAUGAUGAUGAUGAUAAAUGAAAGGUAUCUAAUAUAUAAACCUUGUCGAGAAAAAUGUGACGAUUCAAAGUAUGGAAAUUGUGACAAUUCUAACCAACACGCCCCUGGCUGCUACUGCGCCAAAGGGUACUUGCGUAAAGACGGCGAAUGUGUGCCUGAAUAUCAAUGUUCUGAUUCAACUGAAAGCAAUUCUGCCUCACAGCUAUAAUAAUGGUUAAAAAUAUGACAUUAAUACAUAUAAAUAAAGAUAUCAGGAAUAUGUGAAAUAGUUUUCACUAGCUUUUAUUUUUUAUAUACUCCAUAGUGUUGUUUGCUAUAUAUUCUAAGAAAAGAAAAUCUGUUAUUUUUGUGCUGAUGCACUGUUAUGAUUUGACCUACUCACACAUCUCCAAUUAUAUAGCUUAAGCUACAUACAACUGUCAUUCUCGAAUACUUUAGGUCAGGGGUAUUAGAAUUAUUCGUACUUGUUAAACAAUGCUUGUUUGGGGCAUUGUUACUUAGCUGA